AUAUUAUUUACCGUGCCGCGGUUCUUCCGGAUGCUUACUUAUUUCGUUAGACAUUUCUUCACUUUGCCAAGGUGAGAGAAACUCACAAGACUUUUUAGUCAGACACAACACGGCGUCCGGAUACGGCCGAUACGCCAACAUUGCUAACAGCACGGUAUAUCCGCAUGGUUUACAAUACCACUGCAAAAGUUAGACCAACAACAAGCCGAUUUUUUCCUGUCAUCAUUCCCGUGUUUUAUUUCAACCCAUCUGUCCCAUCACCACAGCGGCAAUGGAUUUUGUGGCAAAAGCGGCGGAAACUGUUAAGCGCGUUCUGGAACUGGAGAAUCUUGACAAUACUUCAUGGACUAAAGUGAAAGAAACGAAAGACUGCACGGUUUAUUCGCGACCAUCCGAUGAUUUCAAAGGCCAUAACUUGUACAAAGCCGAAGGAAUAAUUCCAGCCGCUGCAGAUAAGGUUUUCGCCUUCGCGUAUCCGGGUGUAGAGCGACCGAGGCGGAAAGAAUGGGAUUCCUCCAUCACCGACAGUAGAGUCAUCGAAAAGCCAACACCGGAUAUCGACAUUAUUCUUUCGCACACGGCACCGGCUUUGAUGGGGAUCAUUAGUGCGCGCGAAUUCGUCGAUCUCAUUAAGGUCACCAGUGAGCCGGACCGGAUAUUCACUGCAGCGGUCAGCAUCGAUCAUCCCAACAUUCCCCAUUCGAAAAACCAUGUUCGCGGCUUCAAUUAUCCACAGUCCAUUUUUUGUUACCGCAUACCGGGGAAGCCUAAUGAAACGCGUUUCGUCCAGUACGUUCAAACGGACUUGCGUGGAAUGCUCCCCUCAUCGGCUGUCGAAUCAGCAAUUCCUUCCGCUAUGGCUAAUACAUAUCCACAAUUAAAAACCGCCAUUGCGAAGGACGCUAACUGAUGAUACUUUUUAUUGCUAGUUUUAUACCUUCUCUUACAAUCCAAAUGGAUCUUGUAAUUGGGAACUUUCUCAGAAAUGUCUGAAUAUCUCCGAAUCGAAGCUACGUGCAGAUUAAUGUUAUACUCAACAGUGCGCUACAUUUGCUACUUAGAGUUUGUGCAAAAAUAAAAACAUUUAUCAAUGAA